UGAGCUAUCAUCUUUCCAGGUCUCACGUGACCAGGAAGAAACUGUCAGUUUCCAUUCCUCAUGGAGCAACCUGUCAGCUUGUGUGGCCGCAUGUAGCGAUAGCUGCCGCUGUGUCUUCGUCUGUGCGUUUUGUCUGUAGCAAUGUCUGUUGUUGGCACCACUGUAAGACUGUGCGGGGUCGCCGCAGUCGGCGUUUUGGUUUUGCUAGUGUUGCACCACUGGAUAGCCACUAAACAGUACGUUUUUAAUAAAGAAGAUAUCGCCAAGUUGGCCAAACAGUAUGCAGGACAGGACCACGACCAAGCUUUCUCCAAAGUGGUUGUGGAGCUCAGAAAAAGGUACCCUGGUCACAUCCUGCCAGAUGAGGACCUGCAGUGGGUGUUUGUGAACGCCGGAGGCUGGAUGGGCUCCAUGUGUGUUCUCCAUGCCUCUUUUACCGAGUUCUUGAUACUGUUUGGUACUGCUGUGGACACCGGAGGACACUCGGGUCGUUACUGGGCUGAGAUCUCUGACACCAUCAUUUCUGGCACUUUUAGACAAUGGAGGGAGGGAACCACUAAGAGUGAAAUAUACUAUCCUGGUGACACCAUCGUACACGGCGUGGGAGAAGCCACGUCGGUUCAAUGGAGCGCCGGGACUUGGAUGGUGGAAUACGGCAGAGGCUUCAUCCCCUCCACGCUGGGUUUUGCUUUAGCAGACACGCUGUUCAGCACCCAGGACUUCCUCACCAUUUUCUACACUGUACGUGUUUACACUAAGGGUCUGCUGCUGGAAGCCAGCACGCUGCUCACAGAGGCGGGAGUUUUCUGAGAUGUGAUAGCUCUGCAUGGAUGAUUAAAAGUGCAAAAUUGCAAGAUUUUUUUAAUCUGCAGUGUCUGACAAUCCAAUUUGCAUCAGUUGAUCAGGUUUUCACACAGCAAAUGUUUGAUUCCAUCUCCAAAAUUGCAGUGUGACAUCGCACUGAUUCUCGUCAAAAUACAAAACAACCAAAUAAAUGUGUUGCCUACUCAAAAACCAGCUCACUGUCCAAAAUAUUGCAGAGAACUGAAAGCCGUCAUGCUAGAGCUCAUCCUGCCUCUACAAUCACCCAGGUUCUAAGUCUGUUUGGAGAAAGAAAAAACUGAAAUGUGAUCAGUAUUAUUUAAGGAUUUGAUCAACAGAUUUGAGGCCUUACAGCUAUUGUUGCCAAAUUUGAGAUUACCCUUAAAAAGUCACGACACACAACCCGGAAAAAAAAAAAACAUUUUUAAGUAACCAGCAACAUUAACACACACAUAUACAUUUAAAACUCUUUUUUUCCAUUCAUUGUCAAUCAAGGAUAAAACAAAUAUGCAAUUAUUGAUUUGGAUCAUAAAGCAAACAAAAAAUAAUCAAGCCUAUUAUUUUGAUUAUGAAUUCCAAUUUCUUGUUUAUAUGCAUGUAGAUUCUCUGUAAUUGAGAGUCUUGUGAAAAUGGUCAUGAAUUUAGCUUAGUUAGUGAUGAUUUUCAACCAUUGUCAGAAAACCAGCACAAGCAAAGACUUGGAGUCAGCCACCACUCAGACAUUUAAAGCUGACCUGUUUGCACUACAUAUUUUUUGUAAUGUCUUAAACCUGCCAGGACAUGCUAGUGGAGGCUGCCUGGAAGACGGGUGAUAUUUUAUCUCAUAUUCCUGCCAGCUAAGAAAGGCUUGUUGUUUUUACUGUGGUGGAUGUGUCUGUGAGUGUUCUCGUCUGCUACUCAGCAACAGCACAGCAACAAGUUUGAAAAGUGCAAUUGUGUUCCCUUUCACAAACCAGGGCUGUUUGGAUUGGGAUCUGUGAAUCCACUCGCUCUUUAUUGGGCUCUCGACCAACAGCGCUGAUUCAUUUGUAGAAGCCUUUCUCGUUUUUCUCCGCAUACAUGUCAGUUUCUUUAGAAACUGCUAAGGUGUUAGUUACAUGACAAACUGAACUUUGCAGUACUUGGAGAAACUGAAUAUGUGUGCAAUUCAUAUUUGGACAGAAAUCAGAAAAAGUUGCCCCUUGUUUACUGAAAACUGUUUAUAAAAGUUAUUACAUAUUUUACUGAAUGUGAAAGCUUGAAGGCUCCAAAUAAAAACUAUGCUCUAAUCGAUUGAGAGGAACUUGGAAAUAGAACCGUUCCCUUCAAUCCCCUUAGUGUCCUCAUUGAUUUUCGUAUAGGCCCAUGAGGGGCAAAUAAAGGAGGCAUAUAAACUCUAGUUGUAUUGGUAUGUAAUGAAGAAAAAAUGUUUUCAUUUACUUCUAAACAUACAAGCAAAGCCCGGCUGCUGAACUCACUGACUGCAACACACUACAAAUUUUCCUCUGAGACAAGAAUGUUGUUUUUUUUGGUUUACAUACAGCAGUGAGCUAAUUGUUGUAUUUGAUGUACACAAUCUAGUGACGUUACUACGUAAAUUGACAGUGUCAGAUUAAAUAAAAAAAAUUUGAAUAAAGAAUCAUAAAAAAUAAUAAAUGUUUCCAGAUUUGCAUUUUGUUUACAAAAACUGAGUAUUACAACCUAAAAGAUGCUGAGCGCUGUAAUGAUAACAAAAGUCUCUAACAUACAUGUUAAUGGCUGAAUAAAACCAUGUGCCAUGGACAAUCCAUUUUUGAGAUAAGAUCCAGACAAUAGGGUAGCAUUAUUUCUUUUUUCUUCUUCUUUUUGACUGCCUUA